GACAACACAUUUAGCUUUGUGGAGCAAUGGUGGUAAUUUGCUGGAUAUAUAGAAAAGAUUCUGAAACUAAAGUAUAGAUCUCACCACGCAAGUAUAUAUCCGACUUGGUAUUUAUAUUAUUAUAUUUUGCAUCGAUCCGCCCACUACUGCCAGAGCAGACUGGGUGUUUUUUUUUUUUUACUAGUUAACUCGUUUGCUUAGAUAAAAUGUCCCCUUUACUGCUGCUGAAUUUAUUUUGUUUAUGCGUUUGUUUGACUGAAGCCAACUCGCAUAUACCAAGGCUGGUGUUCACAUACAAAGAGUCUGCAUUUAAAAGGUUUACAUUACAUGAACAAAGUCUGCUGAUUUCCCUGGAAGGACAACGGGAUGUUGUUAUAUCUGUUAAAAAGAAUCACCUGGAUUUCUACAACUUUACAUACACUGAGAAGGUCCCUAAAGAAAAGAAGGUGGUGUGGAAGGAAUGCCCCAACAAUGUUUGCAACAUCACAGUGGUCAUUCAGAAGAAGGAAGGAAAGCUGCUGUUUGUGUGUCAAACCAGCAGCACGAGAACAGAGUGCUGUGAAAUGGAUUUAUCAAAGGAGUCACUCACAUGUGUCCCCACUGCUAAAAUUGAUAAUGUAAGGGAAUUUGUUAUAAAGGAAGGUGAACAUUCCCUUCUUGUUGAAACUGAGAACAGUACAGAUCUCUAUCUUACAUACUCUGGAGCUCAAGAGCACGUUGGCAUCCACAAGUUUGGAAGUAAAAGAGUGACACCACCCAUCCAUAAUAAAGAGCAGUACUAUGUGGGGUUGGUCCUCAGCAGAAGAAAACACGAUGCAUCACAGAACAAAGUUUAUGCUUUCUAUAAGGAAAAAAACAAAGACACUCGGCUGGACAGUGAAAUGUGGCUCCCCUAUGUCAGCCAAGUUUGCAUGGCAGAUGCUGGGGGUCCCAAGAAGAAGCUGCAGUUAAUUUGGACAUCACUGAUGAAUGCGAGGCUCUAUUGUGGUCACCCAGAUGGAAAACAGCAUUUCUCAGAGCUGGUAGAUGUGGCUACUGUGCACUCAGACCGUUGGCAGGAUACCAGAGUUUACGCACUGUUCAGAAAUGAAUGGGGCAUAAGUGCUGUGUGCGUCUACACAAUAGGAGACAUUGACAACAUUUUCACCACCUCCCCCUUCUCUGGUUCAAAGGUGGACGAUGAUGUGGAUAAGCAGAGAAAAAAGUGUGUUCCUGACAGCACCAAGAUUGUUCCAGAGGUCCUGAUGGAGAUCGAAAAGGUUUCAGAGAUGAAGGAGUGGGUGCUGCCAGAGAAAAAGUUUGGGCCAGUUCUCUUUAAGCACCUCAACUACACGGGAAUCUAUGUUCAUGCUUUCCGGGGCAAUCCACACACAGUCAUGUUCCUCUCUCUAAGUAACGGUAUUAUUCACAAGGCAUUACACUUGGAAAAUCAUUCUUUCAUCAUCGCUGAGUAUCAACCUUUUGACCACUCUACCCACAUCCUCAGUGUCAUCCUUGACCCUACCUUUAGAAAGCUGUAUGUAAACUCAAAAACUGAGCUGGUCCAAAUUAAUGUGGAAAACUGUGACCAGUAUGGAAAAACCUGCCAAGACUGUGUCCUGUCCAGAGAUCCAUACUGCAGUUGGAAAAGUAACAAGUGUACCUCUGACACAAAUGGGACAUUUCAUGUGGUCAGAGGGAACCUCACCAUUUGCUCAGAAGACCAAGGAUCAACACUUCAACUCUCAGCUGAAGGCAGUGCAAGACAUGCAGCCAAGAAUGCUGAUGUCACUGUUACCUUUCAGUCCAGCUACUUCCUGCAAUGUCCAAUAUCAUCUCAUCAUGCCCAGUACACCUGGCACAGUCCUGAAGGCUCCAGUUCCUGCAACCUGAGGGAGAGCAAAUGCAUUCUUCUGAUUGACAGAAUGACUCCCAAACAGGAGGGAGAGUAUACAUGUGAGUCAGAGGAAAUGGGCUAUCGAAAAGUCCUGACACAGUUCCAACUAAGGAUCACCUCUGCAGGGCGGACAUUUGGUCCAACAGUCUGGGUGUGUGUUGUAGCUGUCUUCGGUAAAAGCAUCUGGUUUUAGUUUUGAGUCAUUAGCUAUGUUUACAUGCACAAAAUCUGGGAUUGAAAUGUAUUCGGACUAAAAACAAAAAACAAAAAUCAGGUUGCACCGUUUAUAUGGACACACAAUCUAUCAAUCUAUUUACCGGUCGGUCUACGUUCCUACCCUCACCUAUGGCCAUGAACUUUGGGUCAUGACCGAAAGAACGAGAUCCCGGAUACAAGCGGCUGAAAUGAGCUUCCUCCGUAGGGUGGCCGGGCACUCCC